UGAUGGUGUGAUGUAAACAACGACCACUACUUCCGGUUAUGGCCGCAGCAGUUUAAACGCAACUGUCCAUUUCUCGCUGCAAACAUCAAUGCCCAGACCUCUACUCAAGGAAGUAAAGGAGACUUUCAAGCAGUGAACUUUGAUGGUGAUGGAUAACCCGACAGCAAAUAAGAGCCACAUUCCCUGUCCGUCUUGGAUGGCCCAGAAUGGCUGGUCAGCAGCUUCAUCUCAGAACCCGCUCGUCAGCCUUCUCCCCACCUCCUAUGAGCACAUGCAGGCAUCUCAUCAGAGUUGUACUAACAAUUUGAACACUGUAUCUUCCAGAAACAACCCUCAUGCUGACAUGUAUAAAACCUCUCACAUUGGCACCAUUCCAUCAUCCAGCUCGCUGUUUGCUACAGAUAUCCCAAAUCUCUCUCAAGGUAUUUCUUUUAAUCAGCAAAGCUCUAACCUUUCAUCGAUCAUGGUAUCAGCGAACCAAGGAAAAAAUGUUACUAUACCAGCUCUUCGACAGUCAAACCAAGGACUUCAGCUUUGUGGGCCCCAGGAUUUAUCUGUUCUCUCAUCCCACAAUGCCUUCAAAACAUUUCAAAAUCCAAUAUCCAGUCAGGGUUUGUCAAGUGGGAUUCAAGGUCUACCCCCCCGCCUGCCAUCAUGCAGACAACAUCAAGCUGCUUUUGACGGAGAAAAUGUGGAGUCCGCUCAUGGUGCAGGAAACACUCAAAGCUAUACCUCAUCCACCUCUCAGGAGCAGCGUGAGUGGUUGCCUUCAUCACAUUGCAGAGCAGGAGCUGUGAAUGACCCCGUCCCAAAAGAAGCUGUUCAAAACAAAAACAUAAAUAGAUCUACUACGGCCAGCAGUGAAAAGCGGCGUUCAGAUGUUUUACAGCAGCGCGCUGAGCUGCUUAAACAACUGGCAGAGAUGGAUAAACUUCUAAAAGCAUUGCCAUCAGAUAACAGCAGCGAUGGGCAGUCGUCAGAUGAUGAGCCACCUCAGUGUGAACAGACUGCUGCAAAUUCAAAGUCGUGUAAUUCAGCAAAUGGUUCUUCACCUUCAUACUAUGACGAGGAAAAUGAUGCUUGUGAUACGCCAGAGUCACCUGCAGAAUCGCUGAAAAAGGAAGUUGUUUCAGACAUGUCAGGGGAGGACGAUGAUCAGGAUUACUCACCAGGGAGUGAUGAAGAGUUCAAAGAAGGUUCUUCAGAUGAAUCCAGUCAUAGCGAUCCAGAGUCCCCCGUGAGUGAAGAACCGCACCAAGAAGAGCAGAACUCAAAAUCAGAAAAUUCUUCAGGAAAGGAUAAAGGAGUCACUCCUGUAAAAAGGAAACCUAUGAUUAGUCAGGCAGAAGCGUCACAAACGCCAGUGUUGCCAGCUGUAAAACGACCAAAUUCAAAAGCUCGAUUUUAUGACAAGAAGAAUUACUGCUUGUUUUGCUCCAAGCCGGUGUUAAAACUGUCACGGCAUUUUGAGUCAAUUCACAGUGACAAACCAGAGGUUGCAGCUGCAUUUCAGUAUCCCAAACACUCCAAAGAAAGACAAAAUAUAUGGAAAAAAUUAACAAAUGAAGGAAACUUUGCACAUAAUAAAAAUGUUUUGAAAACAGGAGAGGGAACUCUUGUCGUACGACAAAGACCGAAAGUGCUUGGACAGGCCCGUGACUUUCUUCCUUGUCUUCACUGUCAUGGUCUUUUUGUGAAGAGAAACCUGUUCAAACACAUGAGGACGUGCCCAGCGAAAAGCAAGAUUGAAAAGGAUUCAGGUAUUGGAAAAAAGCGCAUUGCAUCAAUGUGUGUGCUGGCAACUGUGGACUGUGAAGACCGUGGCAUAAGUGAUGUCGCUAGGAGCAUUCUGAAUGAAAUGAUAUACGAUGAUGUGACGCGAGCUGUCAUGGAUGACAGGAUUCUCUUGCAGUUUGGGGAAUACAUGUACAAUCAUUAUGGCCGUGAUGCGAAAAAGCACCCAUAUAUAAGACAAAACCUUCGUCAGAUAGCAAGACUUGUGGUUGAGGCUCAAAAAACGACCCCAAUGAAGAAGCUGGAGGACUUCUUUCACCCUUCAAACUUCCAGCGUGUGGUGUCUGCAGUGAACGUCCUGGCAGGCUAUGAUUCAGAAACCAAAAUUUACGCCGCUCCUUCCGUUGCAAUCAAGCUUGGUCACAGCCUGCAGAAGACCUGCAGUAUUGUUAAGGAUAACGCGGUAAAGUCUGGUGAUACAAAACAGGCAGAGGCUGCUAAAAACUUCCUCUCUGUGUACCAAAAGAAGUGGACUAAGCUUGUUUCUUCGGCCGCAUUAAGAAGUCUCAGAGAAAUUAAAUCAAAACGAGCAAAGCAGAUACCACUUGUUCAAGAUAUGAAGCGCUUGCAUUUCCACUUGGAGAAGGUUCAUACUACAGCUGAGAAGAAUCUACGAGACAGUCUUUCUACAGAAAAUUUUGUCGCUCUGGCCAGAGUCAUGCUUUCCCGGAUAAUCCUCUUCAACAAGAGAAAACCUCGAGAGGUUGCAACGAUUCAGCUGACGGAAUUCAUGUCACGAACAAAGUCAGAUCCGCCUGAUGACUUGGACCCGUCUGUCACAGAGUUGGAAAAAACUAUGUGUAGGUUCUUCACCAGAGUUGACGUACGUGGGGACUGUGGGAGAAAAGUCCCUGUUUUACUGAAGCCCUCAUUUGUGUCGGCUCUGGAGCUUCUAGUGGAUUCUCGUGAGGCAUGUGGGAUCACCAGUAAGAAUCCCUUCGUCUUUGCCCGACCAAAUGCUCUAUCUAACUACAGGGGGACAGAUUGUCUUCAAGGAUUUAUCAAAGAAUGUGGAGCUCAAAACUCUGAAGGUCUGACAUCAAAAAAUGUCCGCAAGCAUUUUGCAAAAAUGCUACAACUGAUGAACCUGGAUGAAAAUGAAGCCAACCUAAUUUUUGGGCCUAAUAACAAAAUCCAGAUCCUGCGGCAGUGCAAUGACUCCACAUUGGAUGAUAUUGAAAUGGAUUCUGAAGCUGACUCGUGGGAUCAUAGUGAAGGCAGACCAGCAUCUCUUAAUCAACAAAAACAUGGAGGAAAAAGUGCCAACAAAUCUAUCAGAGGCUCCAAAUGUACACCCAAACACGUAUGGGGGGAUGCUGAGGUUCAUGCUGUAGAAAAACACAUGAUGCGCUUCAUUCAGGAGCACAAAGUGCCCCAGAAGGACGACUGCGUCAAGUGUCUUGAAGCUGAGGCAAAAGCACUGAGGAACCGCACGUGGAAAGGUCUAAAGAACUACGUCCGAAACAGGAUCACAACUCUGAAAAGACAAAAUGACUCUUCGCAGGAUUCACCGACCAGCUGCAAAAGGCCCAGAGAAGCAGAACCACAGCAAACGAGACAGCCUUCGAGUGGACGACAAGCUGACUCACAGGAUCACGAUGAAGGCUCUACUACAGACAAUGGAGAGGCACCUUUUAAUCAUCAAAAAGCACAUGGAGAAGCAAGAAGCUCCAGCAAGACUACACGUCCCAAAUCUGUCAAAUCAGGUGGACAAGCUAAUAAUGGUUCCCUUCAUAAAACUAAACACACGUGGGAGGAGGCAGAGGUCCACGCUGUAGAAAGACACAUGAUGAGUUUCAUUCAAGGCCACAAGGUGCCUCAGAAAGAUGACUGCAUAAAGUGUCUUGAUGCUGAGCCAAGAGCGCUGAGAAACCGCACGUGGAAAGGUGUAAAGGACUACGUCAGAAACAGGAUCACAACCCUGCAAAGACAAAGUGACUGUUUCCAAGAUUCACCAAAAAGCAGGAAAAGGCCCAGAAAAUCAGCGGGACAGCAGAGUACUCCACAUUACCAACAGCUGUAGAUUUGAUAUGAUGUUAAUACUCAAACCUGCAACAUUUCACAUCCUUCAGCUGACUUAUUGUUCUUUAAUCUUUCUGUCCAUUUGUAUAUCAGAUGUGAGAAUAUCUUUCCAUUAUAGUUCUCAGUUUUU